UGUAGUUAAAGGACGUUUCGCUGUUAAACAGUAACUGGACGCUUGAUGCGCGGACACCUCCGCCGAAUUCAGCCCGAGUCCGCGUGUUUCAUCCUCAUCAGGGACUCAAGAACCUCAGGAAGGCAGAAGAGAGAGCAGGAGGGUUGCAUCCUGUCAUGCAAAGCCGUUCUCUGUUGUUAUGGAACAUGUAAAUGUUGACGAGGAACCUUCUGCUACGCUGGUGUACCGGGUCGAGCGACAAGUGUUCGAUGAGGAAUACGUCAGCUCACAGCUUUUGCACACGAAGGAAAGGACACCCAAGACUAUUGGGCAGAGAGUAGCUGAACAGUUCCGCUGUUCCUCUGAAAAAGCGAAGUCAGUUGUCCUGAGCCUCCUGCCCAUCCUAUCAUGGCUACCGUCUUAUCCAGUCAAGGAGUACCUGUUUGGGGACAUAGUUUCUGGUCUCAGCACAGGAGUCAUGCAGCUGCCUCAAGGUCUGGCCUAUGCGUUGCUUGCAGCAGUCCCUCCAGUCUAUGGCCUGUACUCGUCAUUCUACCCUGUUCUGCUGUACACUUUCUUCGGUACCUCCAGACAUAUUUCAAUAGGUACUUUUGCAGUGAUCAGUCUGAUGAUUGGGGGCGUUGCAGUGAGAGAAGCCCCCGACUCCAUGUUUCCUCUAAAUGGUACCAACGUGACCGGCCUAGUGGACAUCGAUGCCCGGGAUGCUAGAAGAGUGCAGGUGGCCGUGGCCCUCACAACAUUAGUGGGACUUAUUCAGCUGUUCCUUGGUAUCCUGCGGUUCGGCUUUGUGGCCAUUUACCUGACCGAACCACUAGUGAGGGGCUUUACCACGGCGGCUGCGGUGCACGUGUGUGUCUCGCAGCUCAAAUAUUUUUUUGGGGUUAAAACCAAGCGCUUCGGCGGGCCACUGUCCGUGGUGUAUAGUCUCAUCGCUGUCUUUAAAGACAUCACCAGCACUAACAUCACCACUCUCAUUGUGGGAUUGGUGUGCACUGUGUUCCUCUACGGUGUGAAAGACAUCAACGAGCGUUUCAAAAAGAAACUGCCCAUCCCCAUCCCUGGAGAAAUCAUAGUGGUGAUCGUGUCCACCGGGGUCUCGUACGGGAUGUCUCUUUCUGAGAACUACCAGGUUGAUAUUGUGGGUCAUAUCCCAGCAGGACUGCAACCCCCCACCAUUCCAGAUUUCUCCGUUCUUCCUAACCUGGUUGCGGAUGCCGUCGCUAUUGCCAUUGUGGGCUUCUCGAUGGGAAUCUCCUUAGCCAAGAUCUUUGCUCUCAAGUACGGCUACAGUGUGGAUGGAAACCAGGAGUUGAUUGCUCUGGGCUUAUGCAACUUCGCCAGUUCCUUUUUCCAAACCUUCGCCAUCACCUCCUCAAUGUCUCGCAGCUUGGUGCAGGAGAGCACGGGAGGAAAGACUCAGAUUGCUGGAUUGCUGUCCUCCCUUCUCGUUCUGCUGGUGAUAGUGGCCAUUGGGUUUGUAUUCCAGCCCCUUCCACAGACUGUGUUGGCUGCUAUCAUUAUGGUGAAUCUGCUGGGCAUGUUCAAACAAGUGAGAGACAUUCCUGCCUUAUGGAGGACCAGCAAAAUUGAGUUGACAAUCUGGGUGGUGGCCUUUGUGGCCUCAGUGCUGCUGGGACUGGACUACGGCCUGCUAGUGGCGAUCGGAUUUGCCUUACUUACUGUCAUCUAUAGAACACAAAGCCCCAAAAGUGUUAUUCUUGGGCAGAUCUCAGACACUGGACUCUACUGUGACACUGACGAAUAUGAAGAGGCUGCUGAAUGUUCAGGGAUUAAGAUUUUCCACUCAAAUUCUUCAAUCUACUUUGCAAAUAGUGACCUGUAUGUGAACAGCCUCAAGGAGAAAACAGGCGUUGAUCCAACACAACUGCUGGCUGAGAGAAAGUCUCAACAGAAGCGUGCGAAAACAAAGAGUGGAGAGAAGAAAGACUCGAGUCACAGUCCUGCGCAGAAGAAGAAUGCAGUUGCCAAACUGGACGUGGAGCUAGGUGUGGCUCAUGAAGUGCUGGACGAGGCUCAGAAGCAGGUGGACGCGCUCAGUAAUGGCCAAGUGGCUGAGGCCCAGGCCGAAUCGGACUCUGAGGAGGCUCGCUUCCUUCAGCCCCUGUGCCCUGUCCAUUCCAUCAUACUGGACUUUACUCCUGUGAACUUCAUGGACUCUGUAGGGGCCAAGGCUAUUAAAGCCAUUAUUAAGGAGUACGCGACCAUCAAUGUCAGAGUUGUCCUUGCUGGUUGUAACAGAACCCUGCUGUCUGACCUCAGGACUCUGCAGUUCUUCAGCGAGCCUGUGACUCCUGACAUCAUCUUUCCCACCAUUCAUGAUGCUGUACUGCACUGCAAGCACAGGGGGGGUUGCCGUUCCUGCCCCGCUGUCGAAUGAGUGCACAGGAUACACCAGGACUGACAGUGUGGCUAGAGUAUGUAGUGCAGGGCAAGUUUUAGUUCUACUGUGACAUGCAUUGAAAAUGGUGCCCUGCUUUAUUCACAGGAUUUAAAACUGUGGCCAAAAAGAAAAACCAUGAGACCUUAAGGAACAGUUUGGG